UCUGGAUUUUUUCACCUGGGGAAAUCCGGACGUCCAGGAAUGUUGCAGCUUCCUCAGGUGUGGUAGAAAUAAAAACAACACAGCACCCAGUGAGGGAGGAGUCUGGCUCUGAAAAGGGGAAAUAAGUCUGUUUAAGUGAGAGAGGUUACAGUGAAGCACAGCACAUGAAACAUGAACAGCACAGAAACAUGAACAGGUUCUACAUUCUGCUCAAUGUUCUCACGUUUGCAGCAGCUGCUGUAAACACAGGCUCCCACUCUCUUUGUUUUUUAUCAACAUUCAUCAUAGGAGAGACGCCCUUCCCUGAGUUUACUGUCCUGACAAUGCUGGAUGACAUCUUAAUGACAUAUUAUGACUCAGUUGAAGAGAAGGCAGUCAUGAAAGUAGGCCAGCAAUUAAAUGAAGAGAAGCAAACAUUUGCUGAUAUGAUUUUUGGAGCACUGCAUGAAGGAAUGCGAGAUCAAGCCAAUUUUCUAAAGAGGCAUUUUAAUUACACCAACGGUGUUCACGCAGAACAGAGGCUGGAUUGCUGUGAGUUACUGAGCCAUAACAAGCCAGGAGGAAUGAAGAUGUUUGACGCUUUCAAUGGUCUGAAUGGAAUGGAGUUGGACUAUGAUGUACACCAUCAUGCUCUACACACUGAAACUAAAUGGCCAAUAGUUUUUGACACUGUAAAGCUGGAAUAUAACAAAAAACUGUAUGCAUAUUUUCUGCACCCUGUAUGCAUUGAAGCGUUAGAGACAGCUCUGAAAGAACUGAAGAAUCAUGUAUUCAGAAAAGUAAAGCCCAGAGUGAGACUCAUGAUGAAGCCCCAUGCAGACUCUGGAGGAGCUCGUGUGAGCUGCCUGGCCACUGGUUUCUACCCACGCCAUGUUAACCUGACGCUGCUGAGGAACGGCCAGCCCGUGUCCGAGCACCUGGUCAGUGGAGGUGAGCUGCUGCCUAAUGGAGACGGAACAUAUCAGAUGAGGAAGAGUCUGGAGAUCAGUGCAGAGGAGCUCCAACAGAAGAACAACUACACCUGCACAGCCACUCACCUCAGCCUGGACAACAAGCUGGACAUUCACUGGGAUUAUGAUCCAGGUCCACCCACUGCAGUCAUAGCUUCCACUGUGCUGCUGGUGAUAUUAGUGUGUCUGGUCGCACCAAUAGCUGUCUUCAUUAUGUGGAAGAAGAGACAUGUAGUUUCCCGAACAUCAUCCCAGAGUGAUUACUCUGCUGCAUCAACCACAGAGGAGAAAGAGCUGGAGGAACUGAAGAAUUGAAGACAUUCGAUCUGCUGCAGCCAAAUUUUUUUCUCUGGUCUGUGGGUUCUGUGCGGUUUUAGCUUGAUUCAUUUUUGAGGUUUACAAGAGAGCUCUUUAAAUUACUGUAUUGGUUGGAUGUAGACAAAUACAUCCUCUCUUUUCACUGUCAAAGAACUUGAUUAUUGAAAUCAAGAACAUUUUUAAAUAAUGCUUGUGAGUAUGUUGCCUUGAGGCAACCUUGUGUGACAAUGGAAACAAAUGAUGCAGAUCGUUAUGAAAAACUGCAUUUAAAUCUUAAUGAUA